UCCACUCGCAACCAAACUCUCCUGGGAUUUUUUUUUAAUAAUUUGUUAUAGGAGAAGGGAAAGAGAUGGUGGACGAGGCGUGGGAGCGGGCAGUGGAAGCGGCGCUGCAGGCCGGCGGCGAGGGGAGCUCGUCGCCGGCGAGGAGCCUGACGCUAGACGGCUCCGUGAAGUGCAUGCACGGCCGGCUGCCGGCGGCGGAGGUACUGGAGCGGCACCAGAGCCUGGAACACCUCUCGAUCGCCGGCGUCGGGGUCACCUCGCUCGAGGGGUUUCCGCGGCUGCGGAACCUCACGCGGCUCACGCUCUCCGACAACCGCAUCGCCGGCGGGCUCGACCACCUCGUCGCCGCGGGGCUGUCCUCGCUGCGGGACCUCGACCUCAGUAACAACCGCAUCCAGGACGUCGACGACCUCGCCCCGCUCGCCGACCUCCGCCUCGUCUCGCUCGAUCUCUACGAGUGCCCCGUCACGCGGGUCAAGGACUACAGAUCCAGGGUCUUCAGCAUGAUCCGGACGCUCAAGUACCUCGACAAGAUGGACGCCGACGAGAACGAGCGGCCCGAGUCGGACGACGACGACGACGACGGGGAUGGCGACGGCGAGGAAGACGAUGAUGAUGAGGACGACGAGGACGAGGACCCGGGGAGCGGCGAGGUGGCGAACGGGGGCGUCCCCCACUCGCGCGUUGGCGUGCCGGCGCACCCGGUGGAGGUGAAUGGAGUGAUCGAUGUGGACGAGGAUGAGAGCGACGCUGACGAGGUCGUCCCUAACGGGGGAGCCGACCAUCACCAUGGAGCGAACGGGUUCCGGGUCGCAGCGGUCGGAGAAGUCCCAGAUGAGGAGGAUGAAGAGGUGGGGGAUGAUGAAGAUGAUGAGGAGGACUACGAGGAGGAAGAUUUGGGGGAGGAGAUCGAUGAGGACGGUGAUGAUGACGACGCUGUUGUUGAGGUGCAUGAUGUACCGAGUAGUGAGGAGGAAGAUGGCGUUGAUGACGACGACGACGACGACGACGACGAGGAUGAUGAAGAGGAGGUCGAGGAUGAAGGUGAGGAGGCUCAGCCGGAGAGCAGUGGGAGGGUUGCCAUGAUGACAGGGGAGGUUGGGGGAGAAGAGAUUGAUGGGCAUGAGCACGGAGAAGGGGAUGACGAGGACGAGAACGGUGAGAUUGGAGAGGAGGAUGAUGAGAGAUUUGAUGAUGAUGAUAGGGUUUAUGAGGAGGGGAACGACGACGAUGAUGCAGAUGAUGAGGAUGAAGACACAGAAUAUCUUGUUCAACCAAUCGCCCAGCCUCAAGCCAUGGCCAUCGGAACCGACUUUGAUGCAGCUGAUCCUGACGAUGCUGAUGAAGACAGAGACGAGGUGGAUGACGAUGAUGAGGGGCCCAAGGAUCAGCCUUCAUCCUCGCAGGUUGCCAAGCGGAAGAGAGGCGAUGACCCAUCAGGCAGUGGUGGUGAUGAUGAGGACAAUGGUGUUGAUGACUUGAGGCCCUUCAAGCACAACUGACGAAGAGCAGCCGAUGUACAUGGAUCCCCUCUUGUACCCCUUCCCCUCAGCUAGAAGCAAGCAUCAGAAUCAGCAGCAGCAGAAACAGAAAUGGUGGGUUUUCCGUCUUUUUUUUUACUGUUUUUUGUGUAAAGACUUUGAUGAAUUGAGAGAGUUUCAACCUCCUUCAAAUAGCAGAUUUUAGGAGGGAAUGAGGAAGAACCUUGAAGUGUAGUAAGCUAGUAGCCAGCCAGUUCAGUUUCAGGUUCCCCUCUUGCCUGCACCCGUUUCUGUUUGAUUUUUCCCUCCAGAUUUUCAAAUGGUAGUUACAACCCUGAGGUUUCCCUCCACA